AUGGAAAGGGGCCCAAGCCAAGGAACCUCCUUGAGGGUCAAGCAAGAAGAGAAAAAUCCGCCGAUAUAUGAAAGUCUUUGGAAAAAGCACGAUGAGAAGUUAUUGCUCCAAGGAGCCAUCGAUUUUGGUGAGUGUCCGUUUGGAGAUAAGGAGGGAUUUCACCGACAGGUCGAGGGAUCAAUCAGCUUCGAGGCUAGCACGAACGAGAUAAUUGAAAAGCUAAAGAGAUUAAAGAUGAAAUAUCUCGAUAACAAGAGAAAGGGUGUAGAGUCUUUUAAAAAAGCUCACGAUGAGUUUUGUUUUCUUGCUUCCAAUCAUCUUUGGGGACCGGGUGGGAUUUAUGCGAAGGAAAAGAAGAACAAGACAAGCAAGGCGAAGAAGAAGAACGAGCCAAGCAAGGGAAAGAAGAAGAACGAGACAAGCAAGGUGAAGAAGAAGGAGGAGGUGGUGAAAGAAGAAGAAGAAGAAGAUAAGAAAGUGGGGUGGGUUCUUGCAGAAGACUGGUUCGAGAAGUCCUAUGUUGUCGGAUCGAUUGCUGGAUCUGGUAUCGAUGAGGAAGCUGUGAAAGCAGGAUGGAGAAUGGCACCAAUGGAAGAAAAAAAGAAGAUUGAAGAAGAGUGGAGAGCGUUGCAAUUGAAAGAACUGAGCUUUUUGUCGCUCAAGAUGGAGUUUUUGCUUGAGGUAACCAAGAUGCUUAAGUGAUGGAGAUGCAAUAAAAAUGGCUUUGUUGUUGUGUUUUUGGUUAAGUAGUUUAUUUUAUGUUAUGUUUCUGUUUCGGAUUGUUUCUUUUGUGAUUUUGUCAAUCUGUUGCCUUGAACAAAAAAAAGUUUCACUUUGUUUCUCAGAAUAUUAAUCGAU